UUGUAUUGCAUUUGUUAUAUCAAAGCUUCAAAGGCCAGCAAGCAGUUGAGACGUACGCGUAGUGAUUUAACUUGCUGAAUAAACAAAAACUAAUAUUUAUUAUCACAAAUUCGAGCAAGUGUGCACAGAGGCAUACAUACAUAUGUACAUAUGUAUGUGUAUACAUCCAACUAUAAAUAUCUUGAAUGCUGACAACGCAUGAGCCAUUUCCCAUAUUUUUAGCGUAAGGAAAACUAGGGGAAGUACAAAAAUGCGUAUCCACCAGUUCGGCAGACUUAUGUUGCUGAUCUUAAUAUUUGAAAUGAUGCUCCUUCAGCUAGUUGGCGGCACAGAUGUAGAUGAGGACACAGUGGACAUAUUUGAAUUGAUUCAGCGUGUGUCGACUGGCUUGGGUAAGGCUUGGAACGAUAAUAAUUAUCUACCCUUAGAAGGCGUCAUUGAUCAGAUACAUCAUAUGGAAGAGCAUCAAACCAAAUAUUUUCCAAUAUUUAUUGACACGCUGCGGCAUAAGUUUGACGCACAGUCCCUGCUAUCAAAUUGGAUCACAAACGUGGGCGAUAUAGCCGACAUCAUUGUGCAACGCUAUCAGCUUAUGAUAUACUAUAAUAAAUACAAGGAUAAUGUGCAACAAGAUAUGGUACAGAUCUUUGCCAACUGGACCGUCCAGCCGAGACCUAGUUCAAUAGUCCAUUCUGUGGAGAAACUGCAUAAUUCAGCUUACGGCAAAGAUGACUUAACCCAAUCACUAUUCUCCAAGCUAGUCGUCGAGUAUGAGACGGACUUGAAGCAAGUGUGUGCCCUGAAAAGAUCUGCACAUCAAUUUGCCUAUGAUCUUUACUCGAUGACAACGCUUACUGAAAUCAAGGGUUACAUAACGUUGGUUUUCUCAUGGAUGGUACUACGGGACCGUGGAUUGGGCAACUUUACGGAUCAAAUGUCCCAAAUGAAUGCCGAACAUCAACAACGUAUGCUAGACUCACGGCAGAUAUUGCGCAAAGUACUGAGGUACACUGGACGCACUUAUUGGCGCUGCGAUCCUCAGGCGGGGAACCACGUGCUGGGCAAGACUUACGCGGAGAUAACACGCCUCAUGCAGGGCUACUUAGAGAAUGAAAUCAAUCUGAGCGCUGAGUCAAGUUGCUACGAAACCUGCGAAGAUUACCAAGACGCACGUGUGGAGGGCUGCCAUAAAGAUACGAUCUGCAAAGAUGAGAUGAAAUGCACGGGGAGGGUGCACAGCUGUCGCUUAAUUGGCUCGGAAAUGAAUGUUUGCCACGGCAACGAGACCACUUUGAGACGCUAUGAGUUUAUAUCCUAUGACAAUGGGGACAGACGUGAGUGUCGGGGCGGCUUUAAACAGGCAAAAUCCUUUUCAUAUCAUGGUUUCUGGAGGUGUGACUACUGUUUUUGUCUUUGUGACGAACCAGCUGCGUUGUCUGAUCGGUUCUUUAGCUUGCGCCAGACAAUUUCCGAUUUUCAGCAGAACAAAGUUGUGACGGGUGCUCGUUUUAUAAAGCAUCAACGUGUAUUCUACUUGCAGCUGCAGCAGGGCGAACUGCUGCCAAGUGGGUUAAUUAAUCAGUCGACUCUGGAUUGGAUACCCUUACAGACUUUUGAUGUCACCCACGUGGACAUACGCAGUGGCUUUGACUAUCAUGAGCUUAGCCGUAAGAGCCGCUCUCUGGAUUUGGACGAGAUAACAACUGACAAUGAUUCCCUUAUUGUAACUGGAGCUCGUUUUCGUGUAAUUGAUAAUCAUCUCAAUUUGGAGGUUCGAUUCAGCCAAUUGAACUUCACUACAGGCCGUCUAUUGCAACCGGAUGUGAAUAGCUUUUGGUUGGGCAACAAUGCGAAUAAGCCACGGGAGAAGUUACGUCUGAAGAACCCCGAUAAGUCGAGCAGAACUCCAUAUGGGUCUGCACCCCUAUCUACAGAUAAUCAAUUCAUGGAAUUCAUAAGCAGCAGCAUAGACAUGGAUGCUGCACAGAGCACUGUGCCCUUCAUUGAUAUACAAGAUGUUGUAACAAAUCCCGCAUUGCCAAUUUCUGGCCUGGGCAUCUAUCAUAAGGGAUUUAAAGGCUUUGGCGGCUUCUUUGCGCCAAAGAUUGUUACAUUCAACUUUUUGAAGCAGCUGCUGGAACCGCAAAUCUAG